AACGCAGCUUUUUUGAUUUAUUUCCCUCAGGAAGCGUGUAACUCCCAGGCUGAGAGACGAGUUUUCCGAGGCCUCUGCGGAGAGACGGGUGUUUUACUGAUAGUUUGGGGAUUUUUGGAUUCUUUGGACAUGCUGUAAAGGACUGUGGAGCUUUUAUCUCUGCUGUGUGUUGGAGUGAACAGUGCAGGAUUCCAGACAUCUUUCCAGGCCAGGUGGCAGGCUACUUGUAUCCAUGAAAAUGACCCAUGACAUCGUGGACUUUGGAUGAAGCACUUGCCAAACUAUCUGGAACUUAAGCAUCGUCCAUACUUUGUUUUGUUGCUGUUGAAUUACUGAGGGAUUUUGCAAAGCUGACUGUGGUGGAGUAACUAGCACCAUGCCAAGCCGUGCCUGGUUGUGCUUGGGUGUGUGUUUGGCGCUGGUGAGCUCAUGCCUGGCUCACAGCCUGUUUACCUGUGAGCCGGUGAGGGUGCAGUGGUGCCAUGGUAUGCCUUACAACAUGACCUUCUUCCCCAACAUGCUGGAGCACUACGACCAGGAUAUCGCCGCCAGCAAAAUGCAGCACUUCAUGCCACUGGCUAAUCUGCGCUGCUCUCCAGAUGUGCAUCUUUUCCUUUGCCAAGCCUUUGUUCCGGAGUGCACGGAGCAGACGCGGGUUCUGCGACCCUGUAGGGCACAAUGUGAACGUGUCCUGUCUGACUGUGCUGCGAACAUGCAGACCUUUGGUAUCACCUGGCCUCCAGAGCUGCAGUGUGACAGGUUGGAGCCAUGUAAGACAUCUGUACAUGGCUCUGAGGUUCCUCCCCUAAAGGACAUAACCACACCUAAAAGUUCUCCAUCAGCCAGUAGGGAUCUGGGCUUCUGGUGCCCCCUGCAGCUAAAGACCCGCCCUGGCCAGGGCUCCGCCUUCCUGGGCGCUCAGGACUGUGCUCCACCAUGUGAAAACAUGUAUUUCAAAGUGCAUGAAAUCGAAUUUGCCAAGACCUUCAUCGGUAUCUGCUCCAUCGUCUGCUUAUGCGCUACACUUUUCACCUUCCUGACAUUUCUCAUUGACGUCAAGCGCUUCCGCUACCCAGAGCGACCUAUUAUCUUCUACGCUGUCUGCUACAGCUUGGUGUCUUUAAUCUACUUCAUCGGGUUCCUGCUGGGUAAUGAGGCAGCCUGUAACAAGGCCAGUCAGCCUGGCACAGUGUCAACAGUGGUACAGGGCAGCCAGAGCAAAGUCUGCACACUGCUCUUCAUGAUGCUCUACUUUUUCUCCACUGCUGGCAUGGUCUGGUGGGUCAUCCUCACCAUCACCUGGUUUUUAGCAGCAGGGCCUAAAUGGAGCUGUGAGGCGAUUGAAAAGAAGGCUGUGUGGUUCCAUGCAUCAGCCUGGGGUAUCCCAGGGUCCCUUACUGUCAUGCUGUUGGCUCUAAAUAAGGUGGAAGGAGAUGGUAUCAGUGGCGUGUGCUUUGUGGGGCUGUAUGAUCUAGCAGCCCUCCGAUGGUUUGUGCUGGCUCCGCAGGCUUUGGGUGUGGUUGUUGGGCUCUCUCUACUCCUGGCUGGGAUCGUCUCACUGAACCACGUGCGACAAGUGAUCCAGCAUGACGAGCGCAACCAGGAGAAGCUGAAGAAGUUCAUGAUCCGUAUUGGUGUGUUUAGUGGCCUGUACCUGCUUCCUCUGCUCAUCCUGCUCGCCUGUUACGUGUAUGAGCAGGCCCACCGCAGUGCCUGGGAGAAUACGUGGAUUAACGAGCGCUGUCAGGAGUACAGCAUCCCCUGCUCUUAUAGAAAAACAGACCCCUCUCAUCCAGACCUGUCUCUGUUUUUGAUUAAAUACCUAAUGACGCUUAUUGUGGGCAUCUCAGCAGUUUUCUGGGUCAGCAGUAAGAAGACAUGUUCAGAGUGGGCCUUCUUUUUCAAGAGAACACGCAAAAAGGACCCCAUCAGCGAGAGCCGGCGUGUUCUACAAGAGUCCUGCGAGUUCUUCCUAAAGCACAACAAUCGUAUGCACAAAAACAAGCACUACAAGCCCAGCUCACACAAGCUAAAGGUCAUCUCCAAGUCCAUGGGCACCAACACGGGCGGUCCAGCAACCGCAACCUCUAACCACGACGACUCAUCUGCUCCAAUCACCUGUAGCAACCACUACAUGCCAGCUCAUGCAUCUGGGUCAGAACCACAGGCUUCAUCUGAAACAUCUGCACGGGAGCAGAGGGAGCCGGGGGGCUCUGGUAGGGGGUCCAGCAGGGGCAGCAAGGAGCAGAGUGGAGGGCUGCAAGUGGAAAGACGCAGCAAAGCUGGAAGCUCCAGUCGAGUGAGCAGCAGGACUGAGAGCCUUCGCAGAGCCCCUGAUGGAAGGAUGCCAAAAAAUGACUUACCAGAGAAGAUGCCGCUGCCUACUGGUCAGUCUUCUUUCCAGAACCCUAUCCUUAGGCCUGAAGAUGUUGCUACAGAACAUAGCCAGGCCAGGAAUAGUCCAAACCCUAAGAUCCUCUGCCAGACCAAACAAUAGACACUGUAUGAACCAGUAUGAAUUUGUCAAUCAGUGGAGGAAACAUGACUUUAGUGGUGAGCAUUUGCCACAUCAUACCACAGUAAACACAACCAAGUAAACUUGAAACAAAACAAGAGAAAAAGGUAACUAAUAACAUGCACUCCUUACUUCCUCAAAAACAUGAAUUUAAUAAAAUGUAUAAAUGCUAGCGAGCUUAUACAGAGUAUAAAGUGGAAGUGCUAGAUUUGUCUAAGCAGGAUGUCCUGCUUUCAGACUCCUGUAGAGUUAGAGCUCCCCUGGUGGCCAAUUAUAGGACAACAUACUCUGGCAUAGACACAAAACACAACACAGAAGCAACAUGCAGACUAAACAGAUAUUGCAUUAUGAUGCAGUGUUGAUAUAGUCAGUAAGGUUUAUCACAAAAUGCGUCCAAUUUUAACCUCUAUGAUUUCAUCAUACCUUAAGUGCAUUAUAGUGGUACCAAAACAUGCUUCACUUUUUUAAGUCUUGUAUUGUUUUAUUCAUGUUGAUAUCUGUAUUUGAUUUUGGACCUUUAUAUCAGCUCCUGUCAGAAAAACCAAAACCCAGCAUGCUUUCCAACCUCCACAAUCUUCAUGAAAUCGUCUAAAUAACUGAUGUGAUACUCAUAGUAAAUAUAGAAUGCACAGACGUUACAUGGCACAAUUUUCUUUUCAUAUUUAUGAUUUAAGUGAAGAAUGAAUCACUGGAAUAGUCUUAACACUGUGGAUUAUUGAACCCUUACCACUCCAACAAAAGCAAAUUGCUUUUGUUAUUCCGUUAUAUUUUUCAUACAUCUAAAUUGUUGUUGUUUUUUUUUUUUUUUUUGUAUUUAUGUAGAGUAGUGUAGUGUUUCUUACCCCUGGUCUGGAAAGAUUGUCCUGCUAUAACAUUUUCAUAAGAAAAAGGGGUAUUUCAAGAUCACAUAGAGCAGAUGUUCUCAAGCUUCAUCCUAGAGGCCCUCUUCUCUGCACAUUUUAAUGUUUUUCAGGAAAGGCUUGGGCGGAGAACCACUGACCUAGAGGACCAUACCAGACCAACAAGGUUGUAGAACAGUAGGUCGUUAUGUACUUUAUUUGAACAAUUGCACAGAAAAAAGUGCAUUUUUUGCAAAUAAUAUCUGUAUUCUAUCGCAGUAUUUUUAUGUUUUCAGUUUUCUGUUUGUUGUUUUGUGCUUGCAUUAUAGUUUGGUUAAGUAUCAUCUGUAGAGCUUUCUACUUGCUUUAAAAAAGUGAGUGGGUCUCACUGUUAAAUGUUUUCCUCUGGGUCUGUGGCUUAUUUUUGUCAUAGUGUUGGGUUUUGUAAUUUUUGCAGUCUUUUGUAUAUGUUUCUCAUUUUAUAUCACUACAACAAGCCUAUAAGAAUACACAUUGUUGCUGUCACACAAAUACCUUAUAUCUCCAGUUUUGCUGUUUUUUUUGUUUUUUUGGAAUCAUAUGGUUGUUCUUUACAUUGUGCCAGGAUUUGGUGAUCAGUGGAUCAAUAGAAAUUCUCCAAAAUGACACGAAAUUACACGAGUGUUCCUGUUUUUUUUUUUUACAGGAAUCUAUAUUAUAAUAGUAAUAGAAAUAGUAAUAUAUGAAAAUGCGUCAUAAUAAAUGGUAAAUGCCUCAAUUAUUAAAAUUAAUUUAGUGAAGUGAAUAUACCAUGAAAGCUUUAAUUAAAAGACAUGAUUUGAUUUGAUUUGUUUUAAUGUGAAUGAUAAAUGUUUUUUUUUUUAUAUUUGCUGAGUAAGAGCCAAUCAUUUUUAGCCAAAAAUGUUUUACAUCGUUUAGGGAUAGACAAGAAUAGACUUUUCUAUGUUAAUUAAGCAAAAAAGAAAUGAAAAUAUGAAUUGAAGAGACAUUUGAAUUGGAAUCUUUCAUAAGAUGCCUACUGGUCCUGUGUGGAAGAACCACAGUAACAAAAGGGAAUGAUUAUAGCCUCCUUUAUUCUUCAUUGUUACAUUUGUUAUAUUUUGUGUCAUACAGUUUGUUUAGGAUAUAAGUACCUUGUAUGAAAUUGUCUUUAAUAAAAAAUAUCUUAAGUCUUUUUA